CGCCAUAGCCGCUCCGCGUCUCCCGCGCCGCGCCAGAGCCGUACCGGGGCGGGUCAGGGCGGGCCGAGCGGGCGCAUCCGGCGGGAGGCGGUGCCGCGGCGCGGGGCUCGGCCAUGCCGCGGGGCCAGCGGGGCGGCGGGGCCGCCGGGCAGCUGGUGCUGAGCAGGUUCUUCGGGGCGGCGGCGAGCGGCGGCGAGCGCGGCCCCCGCAACACGGUGCGCGGGGCGGAGCGGGCACGGCCUGCUAUCCCGGUAUCUGUCCCGGUAUCUAUCCCGGCUUCUGAAUUUGCCACAAAAAGGAGCACAUCUACCAAAAGCAAUGAAUCCUGUGAAAAUAAGACCAAGGCGCGACAAAUUACUCUGGAAGAGAUCUGUAACCCACUGAAGGCUCAGGAUAAAAAAGAAUCUCAGAAGUGUGAAAAGUCCCGUAUCUGUUUGCAAACUCUGGACAGGCUGAGAGAGUUCUGCAGUGAUUCAAACCAACAGUGUACCAGAGGCCGGGAGGAUGGCUUUCAGGAGAAAGAAUCUCUGAGUUUGGAAAAAUGCCCCAGUAUUACUGGGAGGAGCUCAGAAUUGAAGAAUCCUCUUCCGUCUUGGGACACCGUCCCAAAGGCCGCACAGAAGGAGGAGUUACAAUGUAAUCUUAGUCAGUUUUCUGCAUCUGUUAAGUCUUAUGAAAAUUCUCAAAAUUCUUCAGAUACAAAUCUUAAUAAAAGAACGAAAAGCAUUUACACUCCACUAGAACUCCAAUUCAUAGAAAUGAAGAAAAAGUAUAAAGAUACUGUUUUGUGUGUGGAAUGUGGAUACAAAUACCGUUUUUUUGGACAAGAUGCAGAGAUUGCAGCUAAAGAGCUGAACAUUUACUGUCACCUGGAUCACAACUUCAUGACUGCCAGCAUCCCCAGCCACCGGCUCUUCGUCCACGUGCGCCGCCUCGUAGCCAAGGGACACAAGGUUGGAGUAAUAAAACAAAUGGAAACUGCAGCACUGAAAGCUGCUGGAGAAAAUAAAAGCUCUCUCUUCAGCCGUAAGCUGACUGCCCUCUACACUAAGUCUACACUUAUUGGAGAAGAUGUGAAUCCUUUGUUGAAGCUGGAUGAUUCUGUAGAUGUUGAAGAGGUAACAGCAGAUGUUCCUGAUAACUACCUCCUCUGCAUCUGUGAAAAUGGAGACAACCUGAAAGACAGGAAAAAAGGUGACAUUGUUACAGGCAUUAUGGCAAUCCAGCCAACUACAGGAGAAGUAAUUUUUGACAGUUUUCGGGACUGUUCUUCCCGCUCGGAGCUGGAGAGUCGGGUUCUGCGCCUGCAGCCAGUUGAAAUAAUUCUUCCAUCUAGGCUGUCAGAUCAAUCUGAAAAGCUCAUCCACAGUAUAACCUCCAUGAGGUUACAGGAUGACAGAAUUAGGAUAGAAAGGAUGGAAAACCUCAAUUUUGAGUACAGCCAUGCUUUCCAGAGGGUUACUGACUUCUAUACAAAAGAGGUGCCUGGUACUGCAGGUCCUCAAAACCUAUCUGUAAUACUAAGCUUGGAUAAGCCUGUUAUUUGCUCUCUGGCAGCAGUAAUUGCAUAUCUCAAAGAAUUUAAUUUGGAAAAGAUGCUUUACAAUCCAAGCAAUUUCAAACAGUUGUCCAGUGAAACUGAAUACAUGACAAUUAAUGGGACAACAAUGAAAAAUCUUGAAAUUUUACAGAAUCAGACUGACAUGAAAACAAAAGGAAGCCUGCUCUGGGUCUUGGAUCAUACUAAAACUUCAUUUGGACGUCGAAGAUUGAAGAAAUGGGUCACCCAGCCCCUCCUGAAAUUCAGUGAAAUAAAUGCCCGUCUUGAUGCUGUGUCUGAAAUUCUGCUGUCAGAAUCCAGUGUGUUCGGUCAGAUUCAAAAACUUCUUUGUAAGCUCCCAGAUUUAGAGAGAGGCCUCUGCAGUGUUUUCCACAAGAAGUGCUCUACCCAGGAGUUCUUCUUGAUAGUCAGCACCCUGUCUCGUCUGGACUUGGAAAUUCAAGCUUUUGUCCCAGUCAUACAUUCCCAUGUGAGAUCUCCUCUAUUAAAAAAUGCACUGUUGGAAAUCCCAGACCUUCUCUCCCCAGUAAAACAGUAUUUAAAGAUCCUUAAUGAGGAAGCAGCCAAGACUGGAGAUAAAACACAGUUGUUCAAGGACCUCACAGACUUCCCUGCCAUCCAAAAGAAAAAGGAGGAGAUCCAGGAUGUGCUUUCUAAAAUCCAAUUGCAUCUGCCAGAUAUUCGUAAACAGAUUAAGAACCCUUCUGCAGAGUAUGUUACCGUUUCAGGUCAAGAGUUUUUGAUAGAAGUCAAGAAUUGCCAUAAAUCAUCUGUGCCAUCUGACUGGAUUAUGGUUAGCAGCACGAAAGCCGUCAGCCGCUUCCACUCGCCGUUCAUUAUAGAAAAUUACCGAGUCCUGCAGCAGCUCCGGGAGCAGCUCGUCCUUGACUGCAGCGCUGAGUGGCUGUGCUUCUUGGACCAUUUCAGUGAACAUUAUCACCCCGUGUCUAAAGCCAUUUGUCACCUAGCAACUGUGGACUGCCUAUUCUCAUUGGCCCAGGUGGCCAAACAAGGAGACUACUGCAGACCAACUGUGCAAGACAAGCGGCAUGAAAUAAUCAUAAAAAAUGGGAGGCACCCUGUGAUCGACGUUCUGCUGGGAGAACAGGAUCAGUAUGUUCCAAACACCACCAGCCUUUCUGGAGAUGGUGAAAGGGUCAUGAUAAUAACUGGGCCCAAUAUGGGAGGGAAGAGCUCCUACAUCAAGCAAGUGGCACUGAUCACAGUUAUGGCACAGAUUGGCUCUUUCGUUCCUGCAGAAGAGGCCACAAUUGGUAUUGUGGAUGGAAUUUUUACCAGAUUUACUUUCAGGUUAAAAUGUUCCGAGGCCUGCUAAGAGUAUAUUUUGUCAGAAUUCCUGAGAAAAUGAGAAAGCACAGAAUGGAGUGGGUAUGUGAAGCAGGAAAAAGAAUGUUUCUGUCAAACUGGAAACCGAGUGGAAGAUGUUUUCCAAGUGCUUUUUGGAGUACAUUGAGGUAAAUCACGUGAGAACAAAAGCAAAAUAAUACUCCUAAGUAUUAAUGGAUGUGACUAUUCCAUUGAUGUAACCUCUCAUGACAAAAUGAAUUCUCAACUUUUUGUAACUAGGCAAACAAUGUUACACUUAAUUUAAUUCAGCCAGUUUUACUGGCUUAUCAGAAGGGAGCUGCACAGGAUUAACAUAGACAGGGGAAAUAGUUGUAUUUAAAAUAAUAAAUAAGUAACAAGCUCCAUUAUUAGAAAUGGUCCUAUUUGCAUAGGAAUAGGCAAAUAUUGCCUCUCAUUUUUAUAUCACUUGGGAAUUUUUUUGGUUUUAAUUCUAAAGACCAGAAUCUAUGUUUAAAAAAAUUCCUGCUUCCAUUUAUUUCUUUAUUAAGCUUUAAUGAUUUCUUUGAAGCUCACAGAGUAAGACGAUGAAGAUAAUAUUUCCUAGAAACACCAGUUAAAAUCACAACACCUCAGACAAGUGAAGACAUUCAUCUAGUCAGUUCUUCAUAAUCAUAAAAAUCUAGGCUGUGAAACCAGUGGGGAGGUGACAGCAGUGUUUGGCAGGUUCUGCAGGUAUGUACAGAAAUCACCAGGAGAUUGAUUGCUGAGUCAAAACUGUGGAGGAGUUUAUCUCAGCUGAACAACUUGCUUGUACAUAACAUGGUUUUGACCAGAACUUUGGAGCUGGGUUUUUUUUUUUAAGUUCUUUGAACCUGAAAAUAAAUGUUUAAAUCAUUCAGAUCUUCCUUUGUUAAAAAAAAAAAAAUAGAGCAAGUAGAACAAAGUCUCUCAGUUUGCCUGAGCAGUUAGGCUCUGAAAGAUCAUGGUUAGAAAAUUAAAAAAUCAAAGGUAGUUUUUCAGAGCUUUAUUUAUUUUGUAUGUAUGUGGUAAUGCCUAGUGGCUCCACCAUGCACAUGGAUUUAUUUAUUGUGCAGAAAAGUAGGGAGCUAUUCUCACAAAGCAAUCCCAAGUGAAUGGCGAGUCCACAUGAGAAUUUUAUUUAUUGACAUGCCAAAAAAGUAUUGUUUGUAUUGAAAGCACAGUGAGUCAGACAAACAGAACUUUUAGCUGUCAAUAACCCCAAAGUAAUUUUCAGAAAUGUUACUUCUUUAUGACACAGUAAUUUGUUUCAUUUUGUUCCUCCUUAAUUGUAUUUUUGUUUACCACCAGAAUAACAAGAAUUACUUAAGCCUUUUGUUUUUGCUCACAAUCAAUCAUGUAAUUGCACCUCUGGGGUAAAUUG